CUCUUCAGCCACCAGAACCACCGAACUCUGGUGCAUCUCUGUCUCGGCAUGGCGCUGCCUUGGGUCCUCGCAGUCUUGAGCCUUCUUCCUCUGCUGGACGCCCAGAGCCCGACAUGUACCAAUUACACGGUGCCUAUCACCAACGCCACCCUGGACCAGAUCUCUGGCAAGUGGUAUUACAUCGCUUCAGCUUUCCAUCACCUGGAAUACAAGGAGUCGGCUACCAAGUUCAAGGCAUCCUUCUUUUACUUCAUGCCCAACCACACGGAGGACAAAAUAUGGGUUAGAGAAUACUCAACCAUUGGGGACAAUUGCACCUAUGAGUUCAGCCCCUUGACGAUCUAUCGGGAAAAUGGGACCCUGAUGAAAUACGAGAAUGGCACAAGAAACUAUGGCCACCUGAUGCUCCCCAAGGACCGCAGCACCUUCAUGCUUGCUUUUUUCCCAGAAGACCCACAGCAAAUUGGGCUGUCCUUCUACGCUGACAAGCCAGAGGUGACCCCAGAGCAAAUGGAGCAGUUCUAUGAGGACCUCAGGUGCAGAGGCAUGAAAAAGUCGGAGGUUCUGUAUACCGAUGAGAAAAAGGAUCUGUGUAAGCCGCUGGAGAAACAGCACGAGGAGGAAAAGAAGAAGGAAAGCGAGAGGACGGAGAAAGACUAGCUUUGAGUUAAGACCUCAGGGACUUUGGGGGUCUGUCCUGAGCCCCCCACCCACCCUUUGUACCUCAGUUCUUUCUCUCUGUGACAUCAAUAAAGCUUCUGUAU